AUGGGGCUCGUCGGCGGAUUAGAGUGCAUGGCGCUUUCGGAUCACCGCGGCGGCAAACAACGGCCUGAACUGUCUGUCCAAGGACAGCGGCGCAAACCCAUCCACAGCAUGAAAGGCUGGGUUUUGGUGGGACGGAUGAGGGGAAAUAUGUGCGCUACCUUGCCGGGAAACGGAAAACGGAUGGGCGACAUGGAUCUUUUUGGGGCAUUUCUGCGGGUUGACCCCAGUCAGCGUGGCAGCUUCAAGACUUGA